CGGUGUUGCUGUUCGGGGUGAAGGGGAACUCACACUCCGCGGAUGUGCACAAACCGGAAGUGAAAACUGAUCAAAUUCCUACACCGGAAGAGAAGAGCAGCGACUGAUCACAGAGACUGAGGCGGAUAUAAAACCCUCGCGAGGAAAUCACUCGGUCGAUGAACACAUUAGGGAUCAAGUGAAUUGCUUGAAAUACUGGAGACAUGGAGCCCGGGAGCCCUGAUCCCCUCAACACGGGAUAUCGGUUCGAUCCGGAUUCCGGGAGGUCGGAGUUUGAGAUUCCCGAAACCCCAAGCCCUGUUUUUGACAAGAACAGUAAACUACGGAGAUUGGGAACUGCCUCCUCCACAAGCACCGUUAAUAGUGGCGGCACAAGACCAAGAGCUAUGGACGGAUCGGUGAUGAUGAACAGUGCGAGGAAGCGCCUUUCGAUGCUGCCCUCCUCCCCGAUUCGGAGAUCCGAUAGGUACGCGAGGGAGAGACUUGUAGAAGCAACUCGUGACUCUUUGCUAAGUGUGACCAAAAUCACUUUAAGCCCAAGAGAAAGUAAACAUCGAGCAGGUGAAGCUUCGAAACCGGCUGCUAGGAGAGAGAAGAGCUCAGAAAGAGCCGGCUCUAGCAAAGGAGGUUCACAGUUACUUCUGCAGAGUUGUCAAGGGUUGGGUGCGGUGUCAGGCUCGAGAGGGUCUUCUUCCAUUCUUAACAAGAGGAUCUAUGGCAGUUACACAAAUAGCCGGACCCUGGCGUCAGCCAAUUCCUCGCACUCUCCAGCGAUUAAAAAAGCAAAGCCGUCAACGGUUGGAUCAUUGAAAGCAAAUACUAACUGUUUACAGUCUUGGAGUUCACCUACCAAAGAGACCAAUGGCACUGUGAGCGCCACAUCAACACCUACAAGGAAGGGUAAUGCUCGCACCUCAUUGCUACCCUCCAAGAGUAAUGCUCGCACCGCAUUGCUACCCUCCAAGAGUAAUGCUCGCACCUCAUUGCUACCCUCAAAGAGUAAUGCUCGCACCUCAUUGCUACCUUCCAAGAGUAAUGCUCGCACCUCAUUCUUACAGUCCGAGAGUAAUGAACGAUCCACAUUGUUACCUUCAAAGAUUAAUGAACGGUCCACAUUGUUACCCCCAAAGAGUAAUGAUCACAUCUCAUUGAUACCCUCAAAGAGUAACGAUCACACCUCAUUGAUACCCUCAAAGAGUAAUGAACCAUCCGCAGUGAUACCUACAAGGAGAAAUGAUGGCGCCACAUUUACAUCUGCAGAGAGCAGUGACUGGGCUACAUUCACACGUCCAGCAGAGCAGAAGAGUGAGCAAGCAGAAGCUUCCAUCUCCAGCCUUCAUCAGUGCACCAACAGCUCACCAGCCACCUCGACUGUAAACCCUGCUCCACUUACCCUUUUGGAAAACACUAAUCACUGGAUUGAUCUGGACGGGAGUGAUGAUGAAGUAGUGGCUAUUUCAGAGCCAAGCAGCCGAGACCCCCAGGUUAUGGUGAUCAUUGAUGAUAAUACAGCUGUUCAGCUUGCUCAACUCGAAGAGGAUGAAGUAUUUGCCAGGCAUCUUCAGGCUCAGUUUGAUAUGGAAGCUCUGCAAUACGGCAGGGAGAAUGUUGCUACAGGGAGACCAUCAAAUGCAGCAGAAACCAGCAAUUUCUGUGGGAUACCCGGCUGUGGUGGGUAUGAAGCUUUCUUAGCACCUGUGGACUUUGGAUACUGUAGGAAACCUGGAUGUGGUGAAUAUCUAAACCCAAGCGACAGAAGACCAGCAGAAAUUGAUUCUGUUCUUCAAGAUCUGCAGGGAUUUUUUGACCAAAGAUAUGAGAGAGAGGGUUAUGAGAGAAGGGAACAAAGAUUCCGCAGGAGGCGAAAUGCUUAUGUGAAUGACGGUAAUGACUAUGAGGACCUCUUAGCUUUCGAAGAUCACCAAGGUUCAGUCGUUUCACAGAAGAAACUCAGUGUUGCAGAAAUCAAUCGUUUACCAACAAAGUUCUUUGAUCCAGCUCACGCCGCAGGGAAAACCCAGUGUUACAUCUGCUUUAGUGACUACUUGCCAACUGAGAAGCUUAGAAUCUUGCCCUGUAUUCAUGAUUAUCACAUUCAAUGCAUUGAUCGCUGGUUAAAGGCAAACUCCAGCUGUCCCAUUUGCAGAGUUGAUAUUAACUUGGAAUCUGCUGGACUGAUGUAGGAGAUUUACUGACCGGAAGGUCAUCAAUGAGCCAUACUUUAAUGCAAUAUCAUUCCGGUAGCUCGAUUGUUUUUUAAGGGGAGAUGCUUUCAGAAACUUAGCGAUGGAUGGAUGAAAACAAAUCUUGCUGUGUGUGCAUAUGCUAAGUUUGAUUUUUCUAUGUAUUGUAUACAAUAGAAGUGAGGAUACUCAGGAUUUUAAAUAUAUACUACUGAUACAGUUGAAUGCAGGGAUUAUUAUUAUUACAAUGCAUCUCAACCUCAGAUUUUGAAUUUUUUUAAAAUAAAAUAAAACUUGACGGUGGAAAAUUUUAUGUUUUCUGAUCUGUACUUAAAUUUCUGUAAAAGUGAUUCAUAAUUAUAUCUAAUUUUAUGUUUGUUAAUAAAA